AUGUUCCGGUCGCCACGUGCUUGGGUUUGUUCUAAUGUGUCUGUUGAAGUAGGUGCUUGGGUUUAUUUCGCAGUUUUUGUUUUGCCCUUUGGAUUCUUAUCUGACCGGUCUGAGGGUGGUGUGCUCACAGCCACUGAGAAAACAAGUGUGCUCAAGCUGCAGGUUGGGUUGUUGGGGAUGGGGAGAUCACUCCAAACGGAUCUCAACCGAAUAGCUGAAACUACAGAUACAUCCAGCUCAGAUGGUCUACAUUAUGUAUUGACAGGUAACGUGAAGGAGAUAGGUGGAAGUAGCAAUCCUUCAGAUCUAAUAAAGGGAUAUGAGCAAUUAGUGGAGAGGAAGAAAUGGUUCAUUAAUUGGGAGAACUUGAUAAAGUCUGAUAAUUUGGAGAAAGAUCACUGGGUUCUCAAUGAACCAUUAACCAAGCGCACAUCUUGUGGAAGUGAUUUUAAUGCUUUUAAUCGAAAGUGCCACUAUCAAAACUGUGGGGAUAUUUUCAGUGACAAGUGUACACGAGGAAGAGGUGGAAUUUCAAUCAUCUCGAGCCCUUCAAUAUGCCGAACUUGUUCUGUGAUGGCAAGUAGUAGGAAGGAAACCACAAGUCAUUUUGUAACAUGCUUAGUUGCUGAAAGAAGGCAGUGA